GCAGCAGUCAGAGGCUGUGUGAUGGAAGAGGUGAGACGUCAAUGAUUAUGGCAAUGGGUUACUUGGUGCUCAGGUAUUUCCAGAUUGCACCGAGGGACUUUUGGGAUGAUGUUAGAGAGAAUACGCGAUAAUGAAUAUUGAAAAAACAGAUUAAGAUGGCUGCAUUCAGAAAAGCGAUUGACCGCUUCAUAAACAAAUUGAAAAAUCCAAUUUCCCCCGCUCAGGCUGUAUCCAAGGACAGCCCGUCUGAUAAAGUUGAACUCGGAGGCCGGCAGAAGAACUUUAAUAACGUGUUCGAAGUGAAAAAUAGAGGAAUAGAAAGUCCUUUAUUCAAAGCGGCAAGACAAAAUGAUGUUGAAACCUUGAAGAAUUUAAUAGAGGAAAAACAUGUAGAUCCUUAUGAAAGAGGUACUGUUGGAGAAACUGUGUUGCAUGUUGCAGCAUUAUAUAACAGUAAGGAAGCUGCAAUUAUAUUGCUCAAUGCCUUCCCAUUCUUAAUCGAUGAGCCAAUUGAUUGCGAGAUGUACAAGGGUGAAACUGCAUUGCACAUUGCAGUCGUCAAUCAGAAUGUGGACCUCAUUAAGGAGCUGCUGGCACUAAAUGCAGAUAUAAAGCAUUCUCGUGCUGUGGGGACAUUUUUCACACCAGGAAAAGACUGUCGAUGUUAUUAUGGAGAAUAUGUUCUUUCAUUUGCAGCCUGCAUUGGAAAUGAGCAGAUAGUUAAAAUGAUUGUGGCACAUGGAGCACCUUUAAAUGCACAAGAUAAACAAGGUAACACCGUUUUCCACAUGCUUGUGCUGCAUCCGAAUAAGAGCAUGGCCUGCAGAAUGUACAAUUUUAUUUCAUCACUUAUUUCAAAGGAAAAAAUUGAAUACUUGGAGAGCAUCACCAACAAAGAUGGGCUGACUCCCAUGAAGUUGUCAGCAUUUGAAGGGGAUGUAGCAAUGUUUAGUCAUUUCAUGCAGAAGAGAAAGCAGAUUUACUGGGCAUUUGGACCUGUAUCUUCCACCUUGUAUGAUCUUACUGGAAUUGAUACCUGGGGUGAUGAACUCUCUGUCCUUGACAUCCUGUGCUCAAGCAAGAAGAAGGAGGCCCGGAAGCUACUAAAAAUUACCCCAGUGAAAGAAGUGCUGCAUCAUAAGUGGACUAAUUAUGGAUUCAAAUAUUUCUUAUUGUGGACCGCACUUUACUUUUUGUACACAAUCAUUUUUACUGUCUGCUGUGUGUAUCGACCUCUUACGCCGGCUGGGCCUGAUGGGGACAACAUCACCAUUAUGGUUCCGAAACCACUAAACGAAGCCUAUGCAUCAGCUGAAGAUUUUGCUCGCUUGGCAGGAGAAAUUCUGACCGUUGUGGGAGCUGUUCUGAUCCUAGUCACAGAGAUUCCACGCUUGAUUCACAUAGGGCCUGCAAAGUAUUUUGGAAACACGGUAACUGGAGGUCCUUUUCACAUUACAAUGAUUGUUUAUGCUUGCUUUAUUUUAAUCACCAUGAUACUAAGAGUUUUGAACCAUGAAUGGGAAACUGUUAUAAUGGCGUAUGCACUGAUAAGCGCCUGGUGUAAUGUUCUUUAUUUUGCACGUGGAUUCAAGUUGCUUGGCCCCCUGUGUAUCAUGAUACAAAAGAUGAUCUUUGGUGAUCUUAUGAGGUUUUGUUACGUUCUGAUAAUUGUCAUUAUAGGAUUUGGUGCAGGUUUCGAUGUUCAUUUUCAAGCCUUGGACCCAAAUACAUACUUGUACUUCAGGGAUUUUACCAUCACUAUUUUCACAUUGUUUCAGCUGAUGAUGGGUCUCACUGAACUUCCUGGCCCACCUGACAUCAAGAUCCCUGAUAUUAUCAUUGUCCUUUAUAUGGUGUACAUGUGUUUUGGCUUUGUUCUUCUCCUGAAUCUUUUCAUCGCUUUAAUGGGAGAUACUCAUUAUCGAGUUGUCAGUGAACGAAAGUCGCUUUGGAAAGCUCAGAUCGCUGCAACCACUCUUCUUCUUGAGAGGAGACUGCCAGCCUGGCUGUGGCCGAGAGCAGGAAUACCAGGAGGUCUGUUGGGCCUCAAUGUGGAUAAGUGGUAUUUAAGGGUUGAAGAAAGAAGUGACUAUCAAAAGGCCAGGAAGAAGGCUGAAGAUGAGGAGAAAGAAAAUAUAACCCACCCAAGAAAGAACAGAAGUGCCUAUCGUUGGAAACUCAUCCACAAAAACAUAUCGAAAAGUCUUAAAAAGAAUGAUGUUCCAAGUGAUAUGGCUGCUCUGUAAAUUUUCAUCACUAACUCUAGAGACAUUGGUUUGUAGGAACACACAAUUGUUUUUCUGAACAUAAUGAACCGUGGUACAAUCCAUUUCUUCAAGACCAGUAUCUGUUUAGAAAGUGGACAGAUCGUCUUCAGGUGUAACAUACUUGCAUCAAGGAAGCAUUUAAAAUUUAAGUGGAGUUGAAUUUCAAUAGAUCAAUCAAAAUUCUACAUGUUUUUGAAUGUGGUAAAGCCUUUGUUACAGCUUGUUAUAAGUUAGCAUCAUUUGUAUAAUUAAGAUUGGAUAGUCGCUUUAAUAGAUACCAGAAUCAGUACAAGUGUAACUAGAAAAUCUUUUGUCAUUUGCAAAGGUAUUGCAAAGUGGGACUUAAUAUUUAUUGAUUGCAGUAGAAAUCUUUCAAAGAAAUACAACUACAAUAAUACCAACAUAAGUCAAAUUUAAAACAGGGCUAAGUGGGUGUUUUAUGUGCAUCUACAAAUUAAAGCACACUUGUCGUAACAGUUUUUAGAUGGAAUCUCUAAACUUUAAUAACAAAAUUACUUGCAGUAUGAAGUUGCUAUCACAGCUUGUAAAUGAUCUGUGAAAUAUAAUACAGGAUGUUACUGCACAAAAUAAGAAUGGAAGUUUUUAUAUGAAAUGUAAGUAAGUGAAAAUUACAGUAUUUUAAAAUAAGGUACAGAAUGCUACUGUAGUGGAAGGGUAUCACUGCUGCUGACUGUUGUAAAACAAUGUACCAUAAUAAACCUCAAAGAAAAUUUUACUGAAAGAACGAAAAAACAUUCAGUGACUAUCAGCAACUAGUUGCUGAAAAUUCAAACAAAUCUUAAAGCUGCAAAUUGAAGUGUCACGUCCAACUGUUUGAAUACAGUAAGCAAAGGUAUGAAUCAAGUACAAAGUUAUUUUACAUUGUUUUAUUCCAAAUGCUAAAAUGUCUUCAAUCUGAUUAAACCUACAGUAUGACUUGCACAACUGAGCAAAUGGGCAAUGGGAAUAAUUCAGGUAGGCUCUGACAAUUCUAACUACACUGAUUCAAUGGCUGCUUUUCUGAACAGUUAUUUUCUUUUUGCAUGGUCAAUAACACGAAGCAUUGAAGAUUCGGAUGUCUUGCGAGGAUUUGUAAAUAUCAAAUUCAAACAUGAUUAGGCUUAAUCCAAAUCAUUUUGCUCAUCUCAUCUAAGGGCUUGGUUGUUAGUUUGUUUUUCUUAAAUAAUAUGCUACCAUUAUUUUUCAUCAUAUACCAUUUGAGAUAUCAUGUAUUAGUCCCUGUGAAUGAACUGGCAGACAACCCUAAAGGUAAAUGCUUUGAAACUGGAUUGGAUUCCUUUUUGGUACAAUACGUCAUCAUUGUAUUUGGUUAAAAGUGUUCAUUUGGUUCCCUGCAAAAAAAACCUGCAAAAUUGGUCAAAAUAGAAGACUGGAAGAAGGUUAAAGUGUUUUCACUCAGAAAGGUGUCUGAGACAGGAUCUGUGUGUUUCUCUCCCAGGUCGAUUGAAUGUAACGGCCAAAACAUUGUUGCAAACCGAUCUGACAAGGCUGUCAGCACCUAAAGUCAGGCAGACAGCAUCACAUCCUAUGUUUGCCCUCUACAAGAGAGGCUGUAGGGAAGAAUGAGGGAUUACCUCCUUGGAACAUGAUAUGGGAGUCAGGAGAAACAUCCAAUAGGGUUAGGAGACUUGACAGGAUCAUCAUAAGCAGAACCUGCCAGUAGGUGGCUCAAGCUGACUCUCAGGUGUAGGAAUUCCCAUUUCAUCUUGGUGCCAAAAUAAAUUUCAUGUCCUCUUAAGGUACGCCAGGGUGAGCCUCACGCCACUGAAAGUAGUUGUGGUGAGUAAUACUGUCAAGGAUUGAUUCAUUGAUGUGUUACAGUUAGUAUGUGAAGCACCUGUGCAUUACUAGGAACUCCCUGGCCGAUUGUGUGUUAGGAGCAAUGACUGGAGGGUGGAGAAGGUUACUUGGUUUGUCUUGGGGACUGAGUUUGCAGACUCUACAAGAAGCUUCUCUUCAUCAGAAAAACUCUUUAUCCCAUGGGGACAAUGCCUUCCUCCUAAUAUCUUUUAGUUGUAGCAGCACAAGAUGCUGUCAGGAAUUCACCUGCCAUUGUUUCCUAGGCAGAAUGCCAACAGUACCCAACAUCCAAUAAUCCCAGACCACCUCCAGUUAGCCCUGGGCAACUAAAGUUGGCCCACUGUAGGCAAGCACCUCCCAUGGAAAACCAUGCCUCACCUUGUAGAUUGCUGAUAUUAUGCUUGGCAUGUCAAUGUGUUGGAGGUUAAUCUUGAUUGGAAUUAGAGGUGAUAUUCUCUGCUCUGGACCUCAGGAUAGUGAGUUAUGUAGAGCCACGUCAUUGGCAGUCAGUUGUUCAUCCAAAGAUUGCUUAUGACCUCCGCUGAUAAGUUGAUUCCUAUCCUACAACCUUCCUGUGUUUGUUCUGCUCUUACAAUAGAUAUAUCAUGGUUUCUCCACUCUGAAGGAGGAAUGCAAAAGUUGGAGAGAAAUAUGGGGGAGGCCACUCAGUUAAAUGGAACAUCUUCACUAAAGGGGCCCUUUCUCUUGGACUCCCACUACGUGAAACCAAUGGUGUGCAGAAGAUUGAAAAAGUACAGGAUUAGGUGAGAGACAUUUAUUAAAAAGUGAUGGCU